AUGCCUGCCACCAGAAGUCGAACUGCGCGACGUGCCACACGCGGCGGAAAGAAGUCAAAGACGGGACUUAGCGACCCAUGCAUAAAGUGCGGAAAGGUACUCAGCAGACAAUCUGAUAUGGACCGGCACAUGCUGACCCAUGGAGAAAAGGUGUUUAAGUGCACAGAAUGCACUUUUGAGACACGCUCAGCUUGCGCGCUCAAGGUUCACAUCAGAUCACAACACACGGACGAAAAGGACCUCUGUCCUUUCGACGACUGUCUAUUCGCCACUGCGGAUCCAUCGCUGAUGAGCCGCCACAAGCGUAGUGUACACCCGGAGUUUGUGCCCGCGCGGCGCGCACGUACGAUUCCCAUUGGCCAGGUCGCUCCAGCACCUAGGAGCGAUGAGACAUCUCCAGGUCCCUCACGCUCCACGUACCGUCGAAGGUCGACGAGACGGAAGGCCGCCAGGCCUAUCGACACCCUCACCGACCUCUCCGUACAUACUUCCCUCCCAGUCCUCGAUGCCGGCUCUCCAAAAUCUUCGUCCUCCUUCUACCCCAACAUUCCGUCGUCUUCCACUCCGUCGUCUUCUAAAGCGAGAGCGAGUGAUGUUCCAGCGCAGGAGAUGUUCCCCGUGCCUUAUGCAAGCCACGAGGAGAUGAGCGGGCCUAUGCUCCCGUAUAACAUCUACGAAGAGCAAGUUCCAUAUCAAAGCACGAACCCAUUCACCCACUACAUCUACCAACCAUUCCCGGGCGAGCUUACUGCAGACCAGGCUUGCUAUUCCAAACAACCUCAGUAUCCAAACACAACCCCAUUCAGCCAGUUCAGCUACCAAACUCACCCCGGAUACGAAGCCAUCGGAUUCCCAGCCCAGUCCGCCUCAAAUCAGGAUUUCAACUCCUUCAUCUUCCCACCUCUACACUCCGAGGACGUCGAUCUUACUUCGGCAGCAAAUGGGGGUCUUUCCAUCGACCCAUCAUUACUGGCUGUUGACGAGUAUCUUCAAGCUGCAUCCAUGUUCAACGCUUUGGAGGAGACGUCGCCGUUUAACAAGGGAUGGUGUUCUGAGGUGCCGUACUUGGGAUCUUGGGCUGAUUCAAUACAACUUCCUUUGGUACCUAGCGGAAACGUUGCGGGGUUCGGUUCGCUGGAUGGUCCCUCCUUCUUGCGUUCGAUGGAUGGAUUUAAUUCUCAGUCUUGGUGA